CAGCGGCGACGUCAUUCCCGCGGGAGAAAGCCCGGUGGCUGGCCUGGGCUUGCCUGAGCUGGGCCGGGCCGGGCCGGGCCGGGCGGCUGUAUGGCGGUCUGCGAGCGCCUGGGCGGGGGCGCCCUGCGGGACCUGCUGGCCCGCACCCAGAGCGUGCUGUUCGACUGCGACGGGGUGCUGUGGAACGGGGAGCGCGCCGUGCCAGGCGCGCCCGAGCUGCUGGAGCGGCUGGGCCGCAGCGGCAAGGCGGCGCUCUUCGUGAGCAACAACAGCAGACGCUCGGUGGCCGAGCUGGCGGGCCGCUUCGCGCGCCUCGGAUUCCGCGGCGUGGCGGCCGAGCAGCUGUUCAGCUCGGCGCUGUGCGCGGCCCGCCUGCUGCGCCAGCGCCUGCCGCGGCCCUGCCCGCCGGGCGCCGUCUUCGUGCUGGGCGGCGACGGGCUGCGCGGAGAGCUGCGGGCCGCGGGGCUGCGCCUGGCCGGCGACGAACCGGGGCCCGUGCGCGCCGUGCUCGUGGGCUACGACGAGCACUUCACCUUCGCCAAGCUGAGCGAGGCCUGCGCCCACCUGCGCGACCCCGAAUGCCUCCUGGUGGCCACCGACGUGGACCCGUGGCACCCACUCAGCGACGGCCGCACCACCCCCGGGACCGGGAGCCUGACAGCAGCAGUGGAGACAGCGUCAGGGCGCCGGGCGGUAGUAGUGGGCAAACCCAGCACCUACAUGUUCGAGUGUAUCACAGAGCACUUUGGCGUGGACCCAUCUCGCACCCUGAUGGUGGGUGACCGGCUGGAGACGGACAUUCUCUUUGGUCACCGCUGUGGUCUGACCACCGUGCUCACCCUCACUGGAGUCUCCAGGCUGGAUCAGGCCCAGGCCUGCUUGGCUGCAGGCCAGGUUGACCUGGUACCCCACUACUAUGUGGACAGUAUUGCAGACUUGAUAGCAGGCCUAGAGGACUGAGGCAACCUGACCAGAGGCAGGGCUGUCAUCCUACCCCCAUUUUUUCUCCCCAGUCUUUUUAACUCUAUGCUCAUGAGAGGACCCCUUCCCCAAUCCCCAUAUCCUGAUCCAGUUUGGAUGUUUUCCUCCCCCUAACCCCGCCAUACACAGACACACACACACACACACUCUCUCUCUCUCUCUCUCCCUCUCCCCCUCCCCCUCUCCCCCCCCCCUCCAUCUUCUGGGAUCAGUAGGUCAGGACCUGCUUCCCAGCUCCCCAAGGGACCUAGCUAUCCCUUCUCCCUUUAGGUUGGGCUAGGUGUCCUCUCCCCACAUUAUCUCCUGCUUCCCUCUACUGGGUGCCAUUUCCCUAAUGGCAGCAUCCCCUCCCCCUCACCACUUAAAUCAGCCCCACUUCCCCCUUCUCUCAGCUCUGAAGGUCGAUGCUGCCUUAACUUCUCUUCUUUCUCCUCACUUUCUCUCUUCUAGACCCAGGAACUAUGACUCUGGGGGCACAGGGUGCCUCUGUUUCCUUCUCUGUAAAAAUGAGGGUGUUAGACUAAAUGACCUCUGAGCCCCCUUCCAGCUCUGAAUCUAUGAUCCUAAGGGGCCCUUUAUUGCAACACUCUGUGCCAUUAAUUCCCAGCCCCCUUGUUCUGCCUAGUUCAGGGGCUUCCCCUCUCCCAUACACACCUACACACACAUACACACACACACACACACACCCCCACCCCCUUCCAAUGGGUUGAGCUUGGGGCCUGAAUCCAACUGAGCCAAUCAGCCUGGUUCAAAGUUCUGGAGCAUCAAGUGUGGGUCACUGAGUUAUGUCUCCUAAGGGACCAAUCAGAAGUCUGGAAUCCAUUCAACUUCCAGGUCUUAGUGGACCAAUGGGAGGGAGUGCCCUGAGUGCAGUUGGAGGGGCCAUGUGGUUCCUGCCCAGAUUUUAAGUGGAAUGAGAACCCUGCUCCCCAAGGGCUGUGAUGGACAUGGUGGGACCCUCGAUCUCUUUCCCUGAGACUGUUGAUGUGCUUUGUCCCCCUGCCCCAGUAUUUAUUUACCAAUUUAUUUAUUGAGGUGUUAGGAUGCUCCAGGAGGGGUCACCAUGACCCCUCUAAAUGUACCCACAUCCCCUCUUCCCCUCCAGGUACUUGGAAUUGAAUAAAGCAAGCCCUGGAAUUCC